AAAACAAAACCCGGAGCUCCGUCUAUAAAGGAAGCGUCAAGGCCGGACGGGUGUGAUUAGCGCCUGAAAUACAACCAAAUGCACUCUCUCACACACACGCACAGUGCUGCUGGAACCCGGGCUGUCCUCAGGUGCCAGCUGAUAGAGGGAGAAACUCCUGAAUUGUACACUCCAGAACACCGCUGAUCCGACACAUGGAGACCUUCAACACUAUUGUGGCUUUGCUGAUGAUCUUCAGCGCUGCUGCAGCUUCAGAUCCCUCAUUCUGUCGCCUGGAGGGGAUUUACGGAAAAAGAGAUGGGGUCAUCACCGUAGACGAGCUCACAGAAGGAUGUGGAACGAACUUCGUGAUGAAGAAUGGGACGGAAGUGCACAUCCUCAAUCUGUUCUUUAGUUCAGUGACACUCUACCCGAUCGUGAGCGUGACUGCAGCUGCUCCAGCCAUCCUGAUCGUCACCAGCCCAGACACUCACUUCAGAACAGUCUACAUCCAUUCCAAGUCUGACAUAAAGUUCUACACACCGAGCAACACUUCAUGGUCGGUUACCGGACAGACUGACGGUCAGUUUCACAUCCCUCCAGCUGCUCACGGCAGUGAGCUGGUAUCAUGGGCAAAGGACCAGUUCGGAGGAGUUUCAUCCUUCACAACACUCUACGAUCCGAUGAACAUCACCUUCACCAGGGUUAAAGGAACUCCGUUUGCACCCGAGUGCCAGCUCGGGUGGGAAUUAGCGACGAUGAAGAAGUCACCGCUGGUUGAAAGUAAUGUGAGGGCAGUUGAAUCUUGCUUACACAAAAAAUCUACGGACGAGCUUCACAUCAUCAACAUCCCGGAUCACGUCGGCGUCAGGAACGUCUCGGUGAAUGUGGUUCUGUCCAACAUUAAGCUGGUCCUGAGGGGUCCGACUGGAACGUUGUGGAAGGUCAGCUCUUCGGAGGUCUCGUUUGUGUCCAACAAUGUCAUCUAUGUAAGCGAUCUGACCGUGAAUCCGAAGAAGAUCCUCUCCGACAGUGACACCGAGCUCCAGAAUCAGGCCCUUGCUUUUUUUAAGAGCAAAUUAAUCAGCAGCUACACGAAGAUUUAUCUGAAAAGCCCGAGGAUCAUGAUCAAGAUUGGAAAGAGACAACCCACUGCAGUGACUGAUGUAAAUAAGUCCACAGAGCCUCCUACGUCUUACACCAGGAUGCAGUUAUUCACAUCUCCUGAUUACACGGUGGAAAUUGAUCCCAACACCAAAGUGCAAACCAACAAGAGGAUCUACGCUCAGAUCUGGAGUUUGGUCCAUGGAGAGUUGGUCCUAAUUAUCAAAGUGAAGUCGUGUUUGGUGCGCUCCGUAGACGUCCAGCCAGUAGAGAGGAGCGUCUCUUUUAAACCGGAGCCGUGCUCAGCGUGCCAUAAUAACACCAGGUUCAGCUUCUCUCUCGACAUGUUGCAGGAUCGUCCCUCCAGCAACUGGGAGCUUCAGUGUAACAUCAGCCACUGUAUCAACCAACGCAACCAGAAUUUCCAGGCUUGUGCAGAACCGCAGCUUGUGAAGAAGAACGUGCAAGUCACCCCAUCACACAUCACACCACCGAAUCCGUGUUUUCAGUUCAGCCUGCAGUCGGUUCUGGGCAUCGCCUUCGGAGGUUUCCUCAUCGGCGUCCUGCUCAUCGGCGCCCUCUGGUUCAUCAAAAUCCGCACAGGUUACCCCGUCGCUCUGGGUUUCAGCUCCACAGGGACCUUCUUCUCAGGAUGUCCAUGCAGUCUGACUAAGCACCACGCGGUGUCCACUAACCCGUCUCCCUCUGAGAACAGCAGUGCCAACGGCAGCAUGAGCAGCACCCAGAGCACACCGACCAGCAGCAUGGCAUGAGCAUGCUCAGAGAGGGACACACACACACACACACACACACACACACACACACACACACAGACGAAUAGGGCGGGGCUUUUUUUUUUUGGUCUGAACCGGGAACUUUUGUAAACUCUGCCUCUGGAGCCACCCAGCAUCAGGAAAUCAGCAGGACAAAAAAACCUUGCCUCGGUCCGAGACAGGAAAAACACAGCAUAUCCCCCAAGAACUAACAGGAAAUUCACAGCAUUCCUCUCAACAGAUCGGAGGCACAAUAAGACUCGAGGAGAAAAACACACAUCAAACCGCUGCGACCUGCAUCACCCCCUUAAUGAGGACAAAAAAAAAGAAAAGAAAAGAAAGAGAACCGGUCGCAGUUCAUUUCAUCCCCGUGAAGAGCCAUCAGUUUCAUGUUGUUUUCCACUGAAUUAAAAAAAAAAAAAAAAUCCUGCCUCUCCAGCGUCUGAGGACAAGUUUGGGAAAAGGCUACCUCUUCGUUUAUUUCGAGUACAGAAGUAAAACGUAGCUCCGGUUAGUCAGUCAGUGUUUGUCGUUUCUGAUGAAUCGUCUUCUCUCUGCAGGAAGAAAGUCACUGUUCUGUACAUUACUGUAAACGACGUGUGUGUCGGAAAAGCCCGAGUCCUCCACCAAGAUUCUGUUCAUCGCAAAAUAUUUCUACUUAUAUUAACCAGAAACGUUUGCAAGUUUGUACACCCCCUGCACACUGGUUCAUUUUUAAUUGAUUAUUUGAUUUACAAUUAAUUCACUUUUCAAUUUUUGAAAUCUGAACGUAUUCCUGAUGAAGUUUUCCUCGAUUCGUGCGUGUCACGUUCCCAAAGUAUCUCCUCACUCCUUCUCAUAAAACUCAACACUAACUUUCUGCCAUAUGUAGUGAAAGUUCAUUAUGUCUAACUAUUAUAACUAUUCUUUAAGUUCGUUUCUUAAGACACGUAUUUUUUAGGAUGUUACCUUGUUUGUUGACAGU